AUGAAGGCCAGCAUACCGAAACGACUGCUCACUCUGCGGGACAAGAAUGGCAAUCACCGUCACAACAAGUCCUCCGAGGGUCACAAGUCGCGACCUCUAUCCACCGAUGCGCUCUUCUCCAUGUUCAAGAAUGGGUCUGCCUCACAGAACGGCAACGACGAUGAUCACAAGGAAAAAGAUAAAGAGAAAGAGGCCGUAAAGAUCGACGAACUUUCGAAGCGAGUCGAGGCCCUUGACGACUUGCAUGAUAUCUCACCCGAUUACCUCCGUUUUAUAAUGAGGAGUAACUAUGCCUCUGGCGACGUCGAAAAGGCCAUGGAACUGCUCAUACUCCAUCAGAAGUCUAUCUCCGGAACGAUACUGUCUUACAAUCCCAACGUGAACAUGCUCGGCGCUGAGAACCGCGGCAACGUCACCUGCUACCUGGACGCGCUGCUUUUUGCCAUGUUUGCGAAGCUGGAGGCCUUCGAGUGCAUGCUUAAGAAUGACUCUUCGAACGAACCGCAACGAAACCUGGCAGCUUUGCUCCGCCUUUGGGUCAACAUGCUGAGGAGCGGAAAGUUGAUCCACACAGACAUGAAUGCACUGGCUGCUUGUGGGUGGAAAGAUGCACAACUGCUGGAACAACAGGAUACUUCUGAGGCAUUCGCAUUCAUUACCGAGACUUUGCAGCUUCCCCUCCUGCCGCUGCAGGUGGACCUGUUCCACCAGGGCAAAAGAGACGAAGAUGAUCACAAGGUCGUCUAUGAGCGUCUAUUAAACCUUGCUGUACCAGCUGAUCCAGAAGGCAAAGGUAUCAAGCUAGAAGACUGCCUGGAAGAGUAUUUCAACACCAAGGUCGACGUCUCGCGCGACGGCGUUGAAGAGAAGGCAGGCCAAGACAGGCCUGUCCUUUCCCCGAAGAGCACGAUACGUAUCGUGCAUGAGGAUACGGAGACUGAUGCUGGUGCUCAUGCUGAAGCUGGUGCUGGUGCUAAUGUUGAUGCUAGCGCGAGUACUGUUGCUGGUAGUGCAGGUGCUGGUAGUGCAGAUGCUAAGCCAGACGCUGAAACGGAUGCCGAAGCGGAAUCAUCAGAUCAAGUCCAACUGGCACCCCUACAGCGACGGUGGACGAGCGUGGAAUCGCCGGCGUCGACAGCCUCCGCGUCGAGCCCAGACGUGACGCGUCCGUCUGCUCGAACCAGAUCGACAAGCAUAAUUCAGCGAAUUGUCCUGGACGCUGAUGGGAAGCCAACAGACUCAGAAGGUGCAACUUUAUUGCAGAAAGCAAAGCGAAAAGGCGCCACGGUUGUCAAGGCCGUUACAAUUCCAGCGUGGCAAUUCUUCCGGUUGAUACCUUGGCAUGCCGUUGACAACGCCGAACCCAAAACCGAUUCUGAGAUUAUGAUGCACUUCAACCAACGUCCGGUGGUCGGCAUCUGUCUGAAGAGAUACAUGUACACCGAGGACGGGCUGGCCAAGAGGCAAAAUACGUUUAUCGACAUCCCUGACAGUCUCAGGCUACCUCACUUCAUGAUGGUUGACGACGCCAAAUUGGAAGAAGACAGCGUGCUGAGUCAGGACUACAAACUGGUGCUCCAGUCCAUCGUGUGCCAUCGGGGCGACUCCGUUCAUAGCGGACACUAUAUCUCAUUCGCGAGAGUCAACCCCAAACUCCUGACGGACAAUCGCCGCCACGACAACGACCCUCCACCCGACUACGAAGAUGCCCAAUGGGUCAAGUUUGACGACCUGGCCCUUGAGAACAGGGUUUCCUAUGUCGACGACAUCAAGGAGUCUCUGAAGCAAGAGAUGCCUUAUCUGUUAUUUUAUCAGAUAGUACCUAUGUGCGACGUGACCGCCGCCUCUACUGCAGGAUCAGAAACCGAGCCACCAUCGUACAACGAUUCGGCCCUCAACGUCACGACGACUGGGAUUACGACACCGGGCCUUGAGAUCGAUCGACUGGGGCUGUCGCGACCAGCUAGCGGCUACUUUGACUCCCCGAUCCUGAGUUCAGCAGGGCCAAGCAUUCGCUUCUCUUCAGAGCUGGAACGACCACCACGGAUAAGCCUUAGCGUUGAGGACGAUGGUCAACAUUCCUCGAGUCUGCUCAGCCCUAACGCCUCCAGGCGUGGAAGUGUAGCGUUUUCGGAACCCAUUGGCCAUGCUCAAGCCAUCACACCUGAAUCAGGACUUUCCCCAGCUGUCACGCCAAAUGAAGAAAGCACAGCACAGAGAUUAUCGCGGGCCGCGGCCAAGUUCACCAAGAGCCGAAGCAGGCCAACCAGCCAGGCGGGAGAGAAUCGCAUCAGCUUGACCAUGUCUCGACUGACAUUUAACAAGAAGAGCAAAGACACGUUACGUGAAGCUGCGGAAAAGCUUGAGGAUGGUGAAGAGACACCAGUUGCCAUUGUCGCGCCUGACCGACUUUCGACUGAUGGUGGCGAGACUGGUAAGAAAGAAAAGGAACAUCAUCACCAUCACCAUCAUAGGAAGGGUGGAACAAAAUCAAAAAGCCGGGGUGGAGACAAGGACCCGGAGAAGACCAAGAACAAAGGUGAAGUCCCUGAUCGGGAAUGCAUAGUAAUGUGA